AAGGAAAACCCCCUCACUACUAGCGCUUGUAAACAAAUGAGAAUAUGAGAAAAUCGACCGCAAAUCGUCGAAGUACACCGAAACAACCUGGAUCAGCUAGAUCAAAGGAUGAAAUUUCUUUAAGGGAAGAAGAAUACAAAAGAUUAAAUGCUGAAUUGGAGGCAAAAACAGCUAAAUUAGUCGAAGAAGCCGAAGCUGUAAUUGCCCAAGACUAUUCAGUUGUCUCAGAUACAAAGCAAUCAUUACUAUCAAAAAUCGAUUCAGAUGAUCUUCUAGAAUGGGAUGAGGAUGCUUUAAGUACUCGAAGGCCUAGAUCAAAUUUAAAAAAGUCUAACAAAAGUUAUCAAUCAGAUGCCGAAGGGGAUAUCUUUGUAACAGAAACAAGAGAUGAAGUGUAUAGAAACGCCAUUGAAAAAUUACAGAAUCAGAGUUAUGAUGAGAAUGAAACCAUUGAAGAUGUUAUGCCAGAAGCAGCUGGACAAAUGGGCUCAGAAGCUCAAAUUCGAUUCUUAAAAGCUAAAGCUAAGGCCAUGCAGGAAGAACUUGAUAUACUAACUGAAGAGUGUUCAAAUAAAAAAGAAGAAAACACCGAACUAGCUUCAAAGUUAAAAACUUGUGAGGAAGAGCUUAGCAGAUCUAAAAAAUCUUUAUCCAGUCAUGAAGCAACUGUAAGAAAGCUAAACAGGAUCAUAGAAGAAUCAUCGGCAACAUCCGAAAGACUAAAUCAGGAAUUGUCAUCUCUAAAAUCGGAAUACGACCAGCUAACUAGAUCACAGAAGAAAAUGAAUAGUGAACAAGGUGCCGUUGAAAUUCGUCUACGUAGAGCUUUGGAAGAGGUCGAAAAAUAUAAAUCAGAAAUUAAUAGAGCAAAAUCAGCUAGAAAGGAAUCAACGGAAGCAGAUAAGAGGAGAAUGAAUGAAUUAACUGCCGAAAAUAGAAAAUUAGAAAAACAAAAAAACGAACUUAUGAUAGGAUUUAAAAAACAAAUGAAACUGAUAGAUAUACUAAAAAGACAAAAAAUGCAUCUAGAAGCGGCAAGAAUGCUUGCCUUUACUGAAGAAGAGUUUGUCAAAGCUCUAGACUGGGAAGGUUAAUGUUAUUUUAAAUUGUGUAUUUAAUAUUCAAUUUCCUGUUUCAAUAAUAAUAUAAAUGAAAUAAGUUGCGGAUAAUUACGAUGGUUAUGAGUUAUCUUUAGGCAAUAGGAGUCAAAGUAAUUUUUAUCAUAAUGAGAAGAUUGUUUUACAGCUUUUGAUGAAAAUUCUUCCAACAUUUUUAAUGCUGCUUCUUUCGCGUUAUCUUUCGAGAUUGUUGAACAGCUUAGAGAUCUUUUAACAAAUCUUUUGGAUAUACCUAAUUUUACGAAAAAUGUCGAACUAGAAUCCUUUUCAGAGGAAGAAUCUGCUUUACUCGAAAAGAAAUUUUUCAAUCCAGUAAAGAAGCUUUUUGCCUCCUUUUUUUCAUCUUCAUUAUUCAAUUUUUGCUGUAUUUCAUAUCGAUCGCUAUUUGAAUUUCCAACGAGUGUGUGAUACUUUUUAUUCUUUUUAUAAUUAUCGAUAAAAUCUUGUAAAUCCUUACUAGAUGAUUUUUUUAUAACGCAAUCUUCUACAGUUGACGAAGGCCAUGUGUUCCUCCUAACAGAUGUCGCACACUGCUCCUUCAACUUUUGAGAAGCUUUUAUACUUUGUUUAGCCAAUCUUGAUUUUAAGUCAGCAAUGAAAAAAUUACAUAUUUUCGUAUCUUUUACAUCAAUAAGAUAGUUUUUUAGGAGUAAUUGAAAAACAUCAAAACCUAUUUCGUAAUAGGCAACAAUAACAUCAUAAACGGUAACUUUCAACUGAAUUCCAUUCUCUAAUAAUAUUUUAAAUAAAUCGUAUCCACAGUAUCGAUUAUCAAUAGCAAUUUUAAAAUUAAU